UUUCGUACAGAACGGUGGUAUGCCGAGAAACUGCCUGGUAUCAAUCCUCUGGUUCUCAUCUCAAUGUUCUUAGUCCUCGUCUUAAACCUCUUCGGACACGCUACCCGUUCAUGGUGCAACGUGACGCUUGCGCUACAGCGCUUUCUCCUCCGAACUGCCUUCACCAAUCCGUUCGCAGGCCAGGCCCCUCGCGAACUAAGCUAUCGUGAAUCCCAAAUCCUCCAGACGCUGCCCGCUGACCUCCGUACGGUUCAUUCCCUCUUCGAACUCAAGCCUCGCAUUCGCCAAUAUGCUUCAUGCCCUUCCUGCUCCUUUCUUCACCCUCCUGAUGAUGACGAAGGUCUACGGUAUCCCCCA